AUGUGGGCGACCCCGACGCUGCUACUGCUGGGUGUUUUGCUGGUGGCGCCAGACACAGCUGCGACCGGCCUCAACACCCGCUACGACGAGACCACCGGACGCAUCCUGAUACUGAUCCACAGGGCAAUGUGGGCGACCCCGACGCUGCUACUGCUGGGUGUUUUGCUGGUGGCGCCAGACACAGCUGCGACCGGCCUCAACACCCGCUACGACGAGACCACCGGACGCAUCCUGAUACUGACCCACAGGGGCGGCCGUGAAGUCGAAUUGGGUUACAUCGCAGCUGAAGGCGGCGAGUGGUUGCGUGCUCCAGUGCACGAGCGUCUUGUCAGUGGGGAACACUACGACUUCGGCCACUCCAAAGUGGUGAUCCAGCCCAAAGAUACAGCGGCCCGAUGUUUCACAGUUCGGCAGUGGGUGAACGCCUCUACUUCGGUACUGAGGAGUUGUCAGCACCACCUGUCCAGCCACAUCUACGGUGGGAUAGAGACAGCCAGACAGGUGUGGCCUAUUGAGAACACCGUAUACGACCAGUACCCCUACAUCACUGACCAGGACCUCCAUGCCGGUAUUGCUGCGCGAUACUGGCUUUUCUCAGACGGGAGAUUCGUCUACGUUCAAACUGAUGUCCCCCUUUUCAUCGACCAGAAUACCGAAGAGUCACUGAACAGACUGUGCUUCGUUGCUCAGAAUGCGGAUCCCUAUCCAGAACAUCGACAAGACAUCCUUAUGGACUAUGACUUGUGCUUGCUGGACGGUCCGAGGCAGGCCCAUGAGUACGCCGUACAGGCCUACCUGGGGAAGCCGACAGCCAUCCCAGAUGAACGCAUGGCCACGGAACCCAUCUGGUCAACAAUAAAUCGUUACCACGCUGAUGUUAGCGAUCAGAAUCUGAGGGCCCUUGCUAACGAGAUUAUCGCCAAUGGAUUCAACUACAGCCAGAUCGAAAUAGACGAGUACUGGGAGGUCUGUUACGGCAGUCUGACGUUUGAUCCGAACAAGGUGUGA